AUGGAAAGCGACAAAGACCCGUUGCUGGUACCAAUUCAGCUUCAAGCUUUUGUGCUCAACCCCUCCGUCUGCAACACAGACGACAAAGAUGACCAUGGCGCGCGUAUCAUGCCCAUUACUCAGCCAAACUAUACUUUCCUGCGUCUUGACAACUUUCUCAUUCAGAGUGAUGUUCUCAACCAUGCAGACCUUCACUGCUCUGCACCAGCAGACGCAAACCCGCGUAUGACUGAUCUGGGCGCCCGACCUGCUACUGAACGUCGGGACCGUCAAGGCGUCUACCUUCACUGGAUUCUCCCCCAGGUAUAUAGAUCUGGUGUUGCCUCUGCAGAUUCUGUCUCUAAGGAACGGCGGGAGGAUGAGCGACUCAAGCGUGGCUUGGCUCCGACUCCCAGUGAAGCGUCCUCGGAUCCCAAGGAGCAACCUAGCCGCUCCCCAGAGUUUUUGGAGCCGCCGACACGCUGGAUCGUCAUUCGGAAGCUGGACAUGGACAGUGUCAGUCCUGUGGGAGCCAAAAGAUUCUUCAAAGAGUACGAAGCAUGGGUUAUCGAGAGCGACUAUCGGUGGUCGCUGCAUUGCAUUCCUCAAGACUACGACCUCCAAGUCGAUGUCUCUCCGUUUGUACUAGGUGUCAAGUCUGGCGACGAUACCAAUAUCGAGCAGCAGGCUGAAGUUUUCAUCGGUCGCAAGACACCGUUGGAGAAAUGGACCGAUAACCCUGACGCCUGCCGCGCAGAUAUCACUCUCCUUCGGAGUAGCAACCAACUUUUUGCAGACUUUCAACUUCACAAUAGCAACGUUUUUAGUAUGCUUGACAAUUUUGAGUACUUUGAUCGUCCGUCGUCGAAGGAGCCCAUGUUCCUGAAGGAGGCCAAAGCAAGCUACUAUCUCUUCGGAUGGCAUCGCGACGAGAAAAAAGAUCCUCUUUGGGCAACUGGUCGUUCUCACGCUGAACGAAUUCAGGGUAUUUUCAUGUCAUUGAAGAAAAGUGGCAUCGAUGAGACGACUAAUUCAUGGCUCAAAGCAGAAGACCCCACGCAUCUUUGCUUGCACGGGGCAUUGUAUGAUGUUCAAUGGGAUCACAAGAAUAAACCAACAACGGUUCCAGCGGACAAGUAUGCUGAGGCUCUACGAAACAAGGAGCUCCCUGCUAUUUCAGUUGGUACAUCUCCUAUUGAUGCUCUCAUCACCUACUGCUCAUCCAGGAGUGACAAGGAGAGCGAUGAACUUAUAAAGCGACUUGAAGAAGACAUUUUGUUGAUCGACUCACUGCUGCACGCACGCGAUGAUGGCGUUGAGGGCCAAAGAGAGGCCAAAGAUAUAGCUUACAACUGGAGCUUCAACCGAUCUCAGGGAGGUAUUCAUUACUUCAUCGCCGGAGAAGAGAGUGAAGGGGAGCCUAUCAAGCCUGAUCCAAACUCUAGUGCCGCUCUGCGAACUCUGAACGAACAUCAAUCUCUACUAGACGCUUGUCGCAAGGGUGCGCAGCAGUAUCGCUGGGACAUAUUCUCGUUGUGGUGGAAGUACGUCACAGACGUCACCAACAAAACCGACAGAGAUGUCAAUUCUGAGUUCGAGGGCAAAGUUAAAAUCAUCUCUGACAAAUUGGGUAGACUCAAUAGUCGCAUCGACGUCCUCGAUGAUCGUGUCACGCAGCUUAUCAAGGAUGGCAAGGCAGAGGGAGGAUAUCUAAAGGGUGUCAAGACUGGAACUGACCCUUUUUAUUAUCGCCCUCGCGAUCCUACUGUGCUUGUUGGUGGCGUUGAUUCUGGAUGGCCAAGCGACUUCAAUGACGAUAUUGAGGUUCGGCUACCAGCUCAGACGGUUAAGACAGAGAGCGCAGUUCCUAAAAGUCUCUCUGAUCUAGUAUACCUUAUCAGGACCAAGUUGGCAGGUACUGGCGCGCUCAAGGACGCCGAUAAACUCUGCCAAGAAUUCUGGGCUUUAGUGCCUAACAAGAAAAAGGAUCCAGAUGCUGCCCUUGACAAAGGACAAGCGUAUCCCCAAUUCCACGACAAGAGGUCGCUUAUAAAUGACAACAAGCUAUGGCGAGACCGCUGGGAAGAUCGACAGCCGUGGUUCCCUCUCUAUGCUGAGUGGGAGGUUGAGUAUACCCAUGUACCUUUCAAAGAGUGGCAACUUGACCAGCAAGCUUCUCGUUUGUCCGAUAGCAAAAAGGCACGGUAUGGUAUCCCAACAGAUGACGGAAUUCCACUAUGGGAAAAGAUGCAGCAGGGAAAACCACAGCCAGUUGAUGACAUCCGCACAUUGUCUGGCCGAGUCCUCAUUUUGCCCCAGCCCAGCUUCUCUCUGAAGGCCAAAGUCAAUCAGCUCUUUGCAGAUACUCCCCCCUCAAUUCUCAACCCCAUAAUCGACUGUAAGAAGCAAAAAGAGCUUAGCGAUAACAUUGACUGCUUGUCGUUUCUCUCCGCCCCUUUGGCAGGGCUGUCGGAAGGACUUCUCACGUUGUCGCAGGGCACUCACAUCAAGCCCGAGAACAAGUAUGUUGAGAACGGAAUUCAGAGAACUUCUGCAGUUAGUGCCGCCGUUUUCGAAAAUGCCGGACUGUCCAAGAAAAUCAUCGAGAUGAUCCAGAAUAACUCUGCCUUGACGCCCUAUUCUUCUAUGUCAGACUUCAUGGACUCAGACUUUUGUCCAUUCAAGCCAGUCACACACGGACAAUUCAGGUUCACCAAAUUCAACAUCAUUGACAAAUUCGGUCAAACCCUCGUUGCCAUUGACCCCAAGCCCAGAAUUGGAGGUCCCGAGCCGCUGUAUCCCUGUAUCAGCGAUUACUACGAGCCCCAAGUUGUGAUUCUCAAGGACAAGGACAAUACCAAAGCUGCAAAUACAGUCAUGAAGAAUGACGGAUCAAAGUGUGAAUUUAUCCAGCUCCCGCCACAGAUCAACCAGAGCUCCCGCCUCAACGCGCACUUUGUCGUCUACUCUGGUGAUGAUGAGAUCGCAAAGGAACAUAGACCAUACUGGCGUCCGGCGACUGAGUGGGAGAACCCCAUCUGGGGAUGGGUUGUGCUGAACUACGCCGACCAAGGCAUUCAGCUAUUCUUACCGGAUGGUAUGUUUUACCGUGAGGUCAGAUUCGGGGGCCCAGGCGGUACCAUCACUGAGCCGAAAUGGCUGCCAUUCGCUCCAGAUCCUCAUGUACCUCCGGUAGCAAACACUGCACAGUUGGAUGCUCUCAUUACCCGCUUGGGCAAUGACAAAUACGCCAGGGGCUUUUGGGACAUGCUGUCUCUGGCUGUGGACAACAUGGCUGCAGCACCCAGCGCCUAUGCAGAGUUUGUGAGCUCGAUCAUCGGGAGGCCUCUCGCUUUGGCAAAUAUGGGAUGGUCGUUGGAGCUUGAAGGGGUACCACUUGGAAACGAGAGUACCAGGUCAGGACACCAGAAACCACCCUUGCAUCUUGUUGCUGAGAGCAAAGAAGACAAGAACAGCUACGAGUUUCAAGUCAAGCUAGGCGACUUAUUCAGAGAGUACGACGGUCUCGUUGGGUAUUUUGAUGCCAACCCGGAGCCAAAGUUCGAAGAAAAGAGAUCAAAUGAGUUGAAGCUCGACGAUAUCAAGACAUAUUUCAACGGGGGGUCCAAGGCCGAGAAUCUCAAGUCCAUCUCUAAAGAAAAUUAUCCCAAGUUCAAGCCUUUCUGGACUGGACAGUUUGACGACAAGAAGGCUGUUGAGCCAGCUGACUACACCGACCGCCAAGUGCGGCAGCUGCAUAUCUUCGGUGCAAUCUUUGAUCCCUUCACACCUAUCCACGGCUACUCAUCGCUUCUACCAACACGUAGCCUCCAACUGCCAUCAUGGACAUGGCAGGCAGCCAUGGAGAACAUGACAGCCUUUUUCCACGCAGGCCCAUUGACCCUGACCGAAGACCCAGGAGAGUAUGACCCCAAGAAUCCUCUUACAACAGAAACAGUCAAGAAGAGGCCUACUCGAAACGCUGCACUGCCAACGCUGCCAGAGGGCGAUUGGAGUUGGUUGCAGCCAUUUGUUGAUAAGACACCUGGAAGCAAGCUUCCUAUCUAUAACGCGUAUGGAAUCGAGGAGAAGGGUAAUCCGCUCAAGCCAGGAUUCCAGAAGGGUCCGUAUACUGCAAUUGAGGGGUUUUUGCAAUUGAGACAGCCUAUGAACAAGGACAAGGAUAAGAAGCCUAAGCAGCCUUGA